UUCUGUGAUGCUUCUUCCUACUGCAUUGAUCCCAUGUUGGUAUUCUAUGUUUAGUCGUGUUGAGCAUCAAGUGAAUUUGUACUUUCAUGACUUCCAUUCCAAUAUGCAAUCUAAAGUUGAGAACACUGCAAAGUUCUUACAUCCAAUAAAUUCAUCAGCAACAAGUUUAGCAGGAGUUUUAAGGUUGCCCCUCAAUGAAACUAAACUCUCAUUCUCUAAGAUUGAGACUAAGGUGGCUCCUAUAUUAUUUCAAGCAUGGUCUACAAUUCCAUACUUAUCUCAAAUUUCAUAUACUGGGUUAGAAGGUCUAUAUUUCUCAUACUACACUGGUCAGAAUCAAACUCUUGCGGUGUACUCUAACUCUUCAUAUAAUCCUAGAUGGAGUGCUCCAAAUGUAAAAAGGAACCUUAAUUGUUACAUGCAACAUGUGAACCAAGAGACAGGAGAAUUAGAUGGAAACUCCAUUGAAUGCCCUCCCUUGAAUUUGGUCAAUAAAAGAUGGUUUCAAGAAGCCUUGAAUAGUACCAAUGGAUAUGCCUCAUUGGAAACUGGAUGGAAUAAUUCUGAAGAUCUUAUACUACUUAGCUCAGCUAGAAUUAAUGGAGAAGGAGUUAUCUCUCUAGGGUUCUCGGUCAAAGCACUAACCGCCCAUUUUACUGGUAUAGAUCGUCAGGAUGGGAGCUUGUAUUUGGCUACCAAAGAUGGGAAAGUGCUUAUAGAAGAGCUCAAAAACACUCAUAUGGUUCUUGUUGGUAAUAUAGUUUCUGUCCAAUUGAAGAAACCAAAUGGGGAACAAGAAGUUCUUGGGAAUGUUUCCUGUAACAUCAAAGAUGGUUCAUCAAUAGCUUCUACUUUGAAUAUUCAAGGAACAGAAUACAUGUUUUAUUGUUCAUCACUAGAUAUGGCGGGAGUCCAAUCGGUAUAUGUAUUAGCUUUCCCACAAAAAGGGUUACUCAGCCUUGUCCGCAAGAACAGGAUAGUGGCACUGGCCCUUCUUAUAGUAAUCAUCACUUCCAUGGUUGUUUCCAUUUUAAGUUUUGCGUAUAUAUUCGUUAGAGCUGCCAAGCGAGAGAUGCACUUGUGUGCUACUCUUAUAAAACAAAUGGAAGCAACUCAACAAGCAGAGAGGAAGAGUAUGAACAAGAGUCUUGCCUUUGCUAGUGCUAGCCAUGAUGUUCGUGCAUCACUAGCAGGCCUUACAGGUUUGAUAGAGUUGUGCUAUAAAGAAGCCACCUCUAUUUCUGAAUUGGAGACAAAUUUGAGACAAAUGGAUACUUGUGCAAAGGACCUACUAGGUUUACUGAAUUCUAUUCUUGAUACAAGCAAAAUCGAGGCGGGCAAGAUGCAACUUGAUGAAGAGGAAUUUGAUUUGGGCCAACUUAUUGAAGAUGUAGUUGAUUUAUAUUAUCCUGUUGGUAUUAAAAAGGGAGUAGAUGUGGUAUUAGAUCCUUAUGAUGGUUCUGCCAUCAAAUUUUCACAAGUGAAAGGAGAUAGGGGAAAACUUAAGCAAAUAUUAUGCAAUUUACUAAGCAAUGCGGUUAAAUUUACUUGUGAGGGGCAUGUAACCGUUCGAGCAUGGGUUAGGAAACCCAGUUUGCAAAAUUCAAUAAUUGCAUCUAAUCGGAAUGGUUUAAUGAAAUAUUUACAGUGUUUGUUUCGUAAGAGCAAUGAAGAAUAUAAUGAUCUAGAAGCCAUGAAUGCAGCCCAACAAGAUCCAAAUGCCAUGGAAUUUGUCUUUGAGGUUGAUGAUACAGGAAAAGGAAUCCCGAAGGAAAAACAAAUCUCAGUCUUUGAAAACUAUGUUCAAGUCAAAGAAACAGCUCUUGGACAAGGAGGCACUGGAUUAGGACUUGGCAUUGUUCAGUCUCUGGUACGUUUAAUGCAUGGAGAUAUAUCAAUUGUGGACAAAGAGAUUGGAGAAAAGGGAACUUGCUUUAGAUUCAAUGUGAUACUCAGUACACGUGAAAAUGUUAGUUGCGAUAAUGUAAAAGCAGAAGACCUUGAAAUGGCUGAUGGUACCCAUACUCCUGAACUAACUCUUAGCACACCUAGUCCUGGCUUGUGGUUACGUACUCCUAGUUCAAAGCUGACAAUUCACACAACCCCUAGCCCCAAGGUAAGGGCAUCCCAUGUUGUUCUCUUGAUUCAAAAUAACGAACGGCGAAGGACUUCACAAAGAUUUAUGGAGAACUUAGGGAUAAAAGUAUCGAUAGCAAAGCAAUGGAAACAUCUUCCAUCUACUCUCCAAAAGAUAAAACAUAACCAGAACCAUUCUCGGUACAAUUCUUCUGGAAAAUCAAUUGAUUUGAGUUCUCCAAGUGGCUACUUAAGCAGGUCUGCUUCUAAUAACUCUAGCGGUGUAGAAAAGGAUGUGCCUUUAAGUAGCAUGGAUGGUUCAGACUACAUACUAUCAGUCUUCAAUAGGACUACUCCUAAAUUUGCAUCAAGUUUCAUAUUAAUUGUGAUUGAUGCAAGUGCUGGGCCAUUCCUAGAAUUAUGUAGAAUUGUGGCUGAAUUCAAAAAAGGCCUCCAUAAUGCUAAUUGUAAGGUUGUUUGGUUGGAGAAACCAAUGAUGCAUAACAUCAACUUCAAAUGCACUAAAGAGGACCUGUUUGAUCCUAAUGAUGUCAUAAUAUCUAAGCCAUUCCAUGGUUCUCGUUUGUAUCAAGUGGUAAGACUUCUUCCUGAGUUUGGAGGUACAUUGCAAGGGAAUUUAGGCAAACUAAAAGAAGAAAGCAAGUUUCAAGCUGAAAAAGUUUCAAGAGAUCCUAGUUCAUCAAGGAGUCGGUCUUAUAUAGAGAAUUCUCCAACAAACAAACACUCAACUCAACGAGUAGAAUUACAAGAACAUGGCAGCAACAUUGAGACAACCAAGAAGAAAAUCUUGUCACCCAUUCAAACUCUAUCUCAUGUUGCGUUCAUACCAAGAAGUCCUCCGAGUAAUGGGAACCCACCAAAAGAGCAAGAAAUACAAGAAAUUGGUAACCCAAAUGAUGAUAAGCCAUUAAGUGGGAAGAAGCUCUUGGUUGCUGAUGACAAUGCACUGUUGCGCAAGUUAAUUGUUGCCAGUCUUUUAAAGCUUGGUGCAACUGUCGAAAAUUGUGUUAAUGGACAGGAAGCUUUAGAUUUGGUUUUCAAAGGUCUAAGUGAUCAAAGGGAACUUGGAGCUUCGAAGAUUCUUCCAUACGAUUAUGUCUUAAUGGAUUGUGAGAUGCCUGUGAUGAAUGGGUAUGAAGCAACAAAGCAAAUAAGGAAAAUGGGGAAGUCCUUCGGUGUUUAUAUUCCAAUCAUUGCAUUAACUGCUCAUACAUCAAGUGGGGAAGCUAACAUGGCAAUUGAGGUUGGAAUGGAUGUUCAUCUUAGCAAACCACUGAAAAAGGAACAUCUUUUGGAAGCCAUUAGAUAUAUCGAUACUAAAUGAAAAUAUGCAUAGGCAUACCUUAUCACUCGCUUAUUCUAUGAGAUAAUUGUGACUCUUUAUAGUAGUUUUGUUGUACAUGUAUUGAAAUUGUGCUAAAAUAUAGAGAAAUGCUUUAGUAUUUUGUUGGAA